CAAAGAUCGUCAUUCUGAUGAAGGCGAUGAAUGGGUGGCAGAUCCUGGUCGUUGUCCUCCUGCUUGUAGGGCUAUCAGAAGCCAGGUUCCAGCUUUGGAGUUUCGACACUCCGGAUGACCAGGUCCCUGACCCAGACUUUUGCAGGGGUGCACCGUGUCCUCCUUUUGAGGUCGUUAGCAAAGGAAGCACGUACGAGCUGAGGGAGUAUUCCAAAACCACCUGGAUCGCAACCAAUGCUUCCUCUGGAAAUUUUGAAGUCGCGAUCUCGAAGGCAUUCGUGCCUCUAUACAGGUACCUUCAAGGGAACAAUGCAGCUGGGCUGAAACUGGACAUGGCAAAGCCUGUCCUUACCCGCAUCACUCCCACUGACAGCUCAUUUACUUCCACCGGCACAAACUACACCAUGUUCUUCUAUCUACCAAAUCUGUCCAAGGAGACUGCCCCUGCUCCUCUGAACGAAAACGUCACUGUUGUGACAUCACCCAAACAGCGCUUCUAUGUCAGCGCGUUUGGAGGCUUUGCCACAGGCGGGAGCACUCUUAACGCAGCAUUGCGGCUUGCUCUUGCGCUGAAAACGGAUGGAAAGAGCUUUGACAGCACCCAAUUCUAUUAUGGGCUGUAUGAUGCGCCCACAAGGCUGUUUGGGCGCCACAAUGAGAUCUUCUUCAUUCCCCUGCCGGACUCCAGCAGCAUCUUGCAGCAAUGAGCAUGCACCAAUGAGUGAAACUUUAUGAGGAUUUUAGUUGGUGACUGCUAGAGUCUGAUACUUUAGAGCUAAAAAGAACGCGGACAUGACUGAAGCUCAUGCUAUGUAGGACAUCCAACAACAAAACGUAGGAUUGACUGAAUUCGGAAUUGUAUCGCAGCUGUAUAAGGCACAGGCAAGCGCAAAUGGAAGUCCGUAAAGAAGCUGCAGGUCCAAAGUCUAGGUCACGACUUGCUGCAUAAGAAUUGUUAGAACCUCAUUGGCAUCUCUUGUGGCUCACAGAAAUGUUCUGCCGUCAUCCGAUCAUGAUGUACUAGAUCCCACCCUGCCUAAUAAGUUCACCAAGAUGUGAGAAGAAGAUCUGUUUCAUACUUGGACAUUCAUCACUGUGAGCAAAUAAAAGAACCAUGACUUCAACCUCCAGCCAUCAGAGUCCAUUCUUACUCUUCUUCUUAGGAUACCCCACCCUCCCCUUCCCACCCUUUGACUUCUUGGAUGGGAGUCUGGGGUGCAACGCCUCCUGCUCCUUGAAGUAUUCUCUCACUGACGCAUACCAGUCACGAUGCUUGGCUGAAGCAUCCACGAAAGUGCGCCGAUCCUUCAGGUACAGCGCAAACCGCAUUGUCUGGAUAAUGUGCGGCAAAUUUGAGUCAAAGGAUCCAAUGAAGUAGUCUGAGCGCGCCAUAAUCUCCAUAUCAGCCAACAAGUGCAUGGUGCUGCUGCACCGCUGCUCUGUUGUCCCCUGAUUGAAAUCUUCCUGUGAGUACCCAGCCUUCCGGUAAAACUUCUUCCGCUUGAACACCUUGCAGCCAAUCCUCUUCUGUGCUGCUGCAGCAGUGUCGUCUAUCCUUUUGUGUG